GGACCUCAAUGUGACCGAGAUAAAGGCGAGGAGACUGGUGUUGGAAAGACAGCAGCCCAAGACUGGAUGACGAAGCAUCCCCUUGUUGGACGGGAGUCGGAAAUGAAUAAUCUCCGUCAAUAUACUUCAAAGGCACGUUUCUAUUCAUUUGAAGUUAUGUCCGUGUGGGGGAUAGCUGGCGUUGGGAAAUCAGCUCUCCUGAAAAACUUGCUGUGCGACACAGUUCUUAACGACUGCAGACUAGUUGAGAAAACCAAACCCAGCAUAUUUGACAAGUAUGCCUGGGUGGAUGUAUCCUAUCCAUUCAAUUUGAGAGAAUUCUCUCGGAGUUUACUAUUGAGUUUUCAUUCCCAAUCUCUUCAAGCCAACAAGGACCAUGAUAUUGAUAUGAUGGGAAGCAAAAACCCCAUUCUAGAGUGCCGUGGGAUUCUUAAACAGGUUAGGUGCCUCGUUGUCAUUGAUGGUAUCGAGUCCACGAAAGAAUGGGACUUGAUACAGGCUGAAUUGGUAUCUGGGUCUUCAAAGAACUGUAUUAUCAUCGUUACCGCUGAAGAAAGCGUUGCCAGGCAUUGCCGCGGAAAUAAAGGGGAGCUCACGUUUAAUGUUAAAGGUCUACAAGCUGAUGAUGCCCUUGCUCUCUUUAAAGAGGAGGUUACCAGGAAGAAUAAAUCAUUCCCUUCAAAAUAUCAUGACCCAGAUCUGGAGGUUCAACUUCACGAACUUACUCUGAAGUGCGGGGGUCUUCCCAAAGUGAUAAUUGCUAUUGCUGGCUUAUUGGCACCAUUGAAGCCUGACACAUUCAAGGAUACUGUUCGUUAUUUGAAUGAUGGAUUUAUGGAUCAUAUAGAGACUAACCGAGAGUUUGAUUGUCUAAGUGGUCUUUUUGGUUGGAUGAACUCCAUCAUACUUAAUCCCCCAGAUUUCCUCAAGCCAUGUAUCUUUUACCUGGCAAUUUUUCCUCCAAACCAAAUCAUUCGGCGGAGACGGCUAAUAAGGCGGUGGAUCGCAGAGGGAUACUCAAGGGUACUAUUGGAAAAACAUGGCGAGGAGAAUGCGGAGAAGUUCUUCUCACAGCUCCUAGAAAAGAGCAUAUUCCAGCAGGUAACACAACUAAGUGGCACCACACUGAAUGACACAAGGAUGAGUUUUUACCAGGUCAAUGGUCUCAUUCGCGAGUACAUUGUAUCACGACGAAUGGAAGAGAACCUUGUGUUUGAAUUGGGAGGCAGGAGUUCUGUCCUAACCAGCCAAAGCACAGGGCGUCACCUUGUCAUAUCAAGCCGGGACACAGAAAAAACUGUGUUCGAGAGCAUCGACUUCUCACGGCUAAGGUCA